GUGGGAGUGAGGGAGGAGAGGACAAACGGAAUGCAGCCGUAGAGGCUCUCUCUCUAUCUCUCUCUCACCACCAGUGUUUGUAGUUUUCUCAUCAACACAGUGUCUCAGUUAUUCGGUUCCCUCUGGAAUAGCAACAGUUUGUGGACUAGUCGUGGUUACGGGUGAAUACCGGUAACAAGAAGGCAACAACAUGAGUGUCGAGGCGUACGGGCCGAGCUCGCAGACUCUGACGUUCCUCGACACCGAGGAAGCCGAGCUGCUGGGAGCGGACACCCAGGGCUCCGAGUACGACUUCACCGAUUUCACCCUGCCGAGCCAGACCCAGACCCAAGGCCAGACCCAGAGCCAGCUGGACCACCAGGUUAAUGGCCCUGACGGCAUACUACAGAAUGGUGACGACCCUGUCAUUAAAGCCAGUCAGCUGCUGGCAGACUUGAACUUUGAGGAGGAUGAGGAGGACACCUACUACACCAAGGACCUGCCUCUACAUGCCUGCAGCUACUGUGGUAUUCAUGAUCCAGCCUGUGUGGUUUACUGCAACACCAGCAAGAAAUGGUUUUGUAAUGGCCGUGGAAACACAUCCGGCAGCCACAUUGUAAACCACCUGGUGAGAGCAAAGUCUAAGGAGGUGACCUUGCAUAAAGAUGGCCCUCUGGGGGAAACGGUGCUGGAGUGCUACAACUGUGGCUGUCGCAAUGUCUUCCUUCUGGGCUUCAUCCCUGCCAAGGCCGACUCCGUAGUGGUGCUAUUGUGCAGGCAGCCAUGUGCCAGCCAGAGCAGCCUGAAGGACAUCAACUGGGACAGCUCACAGUGGCAGCCUCUCAUCCAGGACCGCUGCUUCCUGUCCUGGCUGGUGAAAAUCCCUUCAGAGCAGGAGCAGCUCAGGGCUCGUCAGAUCACCGCCCAGCAGAUCAACAAGCUGGAAGAACUGUGGAAGGAGAAUCCCACUGCGACCUUGGAGGACCUGGAGAAGCCUGGUGUGGAUGAGGAGCCCCAACAUGUGCUGCUCCGCUACGAGGACGCCUACCAGUACCAGAACAUCUUCGGUCCUCUUGUGAAGCUGGAGGCCGACUACGAUAAGAAACUUAAAGAGUCGCAGACUCAAGACAACAUCACUGUCAGAUGGGACUUGGGCCUGAAUAAAAAGAGGAUUGCUUAUUUCAGUCUUCCCAAGACAGACUCGGACAUGCGACUGAUGCAGGGAGAUGAAAUCUGCCUGAGGUACAAAGGAGACCUGGCUGCUCCAUGGAAAGGCAUUGGACAUGUCAUCAAAGUCCCUGAUAUACCAGACUAUGGCGAUGAGAUUGCCAUAGAGCUAAGGAGCAGUGCCGGGGCUCCCGUGGAGAUCCCACACAACUUUCAGGUCGACUUCGUGUGGAAGUCCACUUCCUUUGACAGGAUGCAGAGUGCCCUGAAGACGUUUGCGGUGGAUGAAACUUCAGUGUCUGGUUACAUCUACCACAAGCUGCUGGGACAUGAGGUCGAGGACGUGGUCAUCAAGUGUCAGCUGCCCAAACGCUUCACCGCUCAAGGCCUGCCUGACCUUAACCACUCACAGGUGUACGCUGUGAAGACGGUGCUGCAGCGUCCUCUCAGUCUGAUCCAGGGUCCUCCUGGCACAGGGAAGACGGUAACAUCUGCAACCGUCGUCUACCACCUGGCCAGACAGGGCAACGGGCCAGUGCUGGUGUGUGCUCCCAGUAACAUUGCCGUCGACCAGCUGACGGAGAAGAUCCAUCAGACCGGCCUCAAGGUUGUGAGGCUGUGUGCCAAGAGCAGGGAGGCUAUCGACUCGCCUGUGUCCUUCCUGGCUCUGCACAACCAGACCCGUAACAUGGACAGUAUGCCAGAACUUCAGAAGCUCCAACAGCUGAAGGACGAGACUGGAGAGCUGUCCUCCUCAGACGAGAAGCGCUACAGAGCUCUGAGACGCACUGCUGAGAGGGAGCUGCUCAUGAAUGCCGAUGUGAUCUGCUCUACCUGUGUCGGGGCAGGGGACCCCCGUCUGGCCAAGAUGCAGUUCCGCUCAAUCCUGAUUGAUGAGAGCACUCAGGCCACUGAACCCGAGUGCAUGGUGCCUGUCGUCCUGGGGGCCAAACAGUUGAUUCUGGUGGGGGAUCACUGCCAGCUGGGCCCUGUGGUGAUGUGUAAGAAGGCAGCAAAAGCAGGUCUGUCCCAGUCUCUGUUUGAGCGUCUGGUAGUUUUGGGGAUCCGGCCAAUCCGUCUGCAGGUCCAGUACCGCAUGCAUCCGGCCCUCAGCGCCUUCCCCUCCAACAUCUUCUAUGAGGGCUCUCUGCAGAAUGGAGUCACUGCCGCGGACCGUGUGAAGAAAGGCUUUGACUUCCAGUGGCCGCAGCCUGACAAGCCCAUGUUCUUUUAUGUCACCCAAGGCCAAGAGGAAAUAGCCAGCUCUGGAACAUCCUAUCUCAACAGGACUGAGGCAGCCAACGUGGAGAAAAUAACCACACGGUUGCUGAAAGCUGGAGCCAAACCCAAUCAGAUUGGCAUCAUUACACCUUAUGAGGGACAGAGGUCCUACCUGGUCCAGUACAUGCAGUUCAGUGGCUCCCUCCAUACCAAACUGUACCAGGAGGUGGAAAUAGCCAGCGUGGACGCCUUUCAAGGCAGAGAGAAGGACUUCAUCAUUCUGUCCUGUGUGAGAGCCAAUGAGCACCAGGGCAUCGGCUUCCUCAAUGAUCCCAGACGUCUCAACGUGGCGCUCACCAGGGCCAGGUAUGGUGUGAUUAUUGUGGGAAACCCCAAAGCUCUGUCCAAGCAGCCUCUGUGGAACCACCUGUUGAACUACUACAAGGAGCAGAAGGUCCUGGUUGAAGGGCCCCUUAACAAUCUGAGGGAGAGCCUCAUGCAAUUCAGCAAGCCCCGCAAGCUUGUCAACACCAUCAACCCUGGGGGUCGAUUCAUGAGCACAGCCAUGUAUGAUGCCAGAGAAGCCCUCAUUCCUGGAUCUGUUUAUGACCGCAGCAGUAACGGACGCUCGUCCAACAUGUAUUUCCAGACCCACGACCAGAUUGGUAUGAUCGGCACAGGCCCCAGUCCCAUGACUUCUCUGAACAUCCCCAUCCCCUUCAACCUUGUGAUGCCCCCUAUACCUCCACCUGGGUACAUGGGACAGGUCAAUGGGCCCUCAGCAGGUCGUGGUGGAGGAAUGAAAGGCAAGGCAGGCAGCGGAGGAGGAGGCGGGACUCGAGGUGGGCGUCAAAGAAACCGCGGCAACAUGGGAAACCACAGUGGAGGAAAUGGAGGAGCAGACCGGCAUGGUGGCCACAUGAGUGGCAGCCAGGCCAGCCAGGAUCUGGGCUCCCAGCCCUUUUCCCAGGGGCCUCUGACGCAGGGCUACAUCAACAUGAGCCAGCCGUCUCAGAUGAGCCAGCCGGGACUCUCCCAGCCUGAACUCUCACAGGACAGUUACCUAGGAGACGAGUUCAAGUCCCAGAUUGAUGUGGCUUUGUCCCAGGACUCCACCUACCAGGGGGAGCGGGCCUACCAACACGGUGUGACUGGACUGUCCCAGUACUAGACUGUUGCUGGAAAGGAGCUAGGCCUGUGUGCAGCUUAGUUCAAUGGCAUUUUAUUCUGGGUAAUAACAAACAAGAACAGACAUGGAUACCCGUUUUCCACUGCUACAACCGAAGCACCACUGUGUGAAAGUAACAGGAGAGAGACCGUGAGAAACCAACCAAUCACAAGAGUGAGAGCAGCGAUGGGAGUAGAGCUGGAAGAGAGCAAGAGGCUGGUGGAGGAGAGAAGGCUCUGCUGCUCACGCGCGAGGACAUGGCGAAGGAGGAAGCUGUCGUUGUCGGGGCAGCGCGGUCGGAGAGGCGAGACAUUCGACGGGUCAAGGAGGGUGGAAGGUCCGAACGAUUCUGGAGGGGAGAAGGGA